AUGUGUUCCACGUCACAGCCAUCUCUUCGACACAAGGAGAGCUCUUUAUCCUCCUGCUGCACCUACUCCACCUCCUGCUGCUGCACCUACUCCACCUCCUGCUGCUGCACCUACUCCACCUCCUGCUGCACCUUUUCCUGCUGCUGCACCUACUCCACCUCCUGCUGGUGCACCUACUCCACGUCCUGCUGCUCCACCUACUUCACCUCCUGCUGCACCUACUCCACCUCCUCCUGCUGCACCUACUCCACCUCCUGCUGCUGCACCUACUCCACCUCCUGCUGGUGCACCUACUCCACCUCCUGCUGCUCCACCUACUUCACCUCCUGCUGCACCUACUCCACCUCCUGCUGCUGCACCUACUCCACCUCCUGCUGCACCUUUUCCUCCUCCUGCUGCUGCACCUACUCCACCUCCUACUGCUGCACUUACUCCACCUCCUACUCCACCUCCUACUGCUGCACCUCCUCCACCUCCUGCUGCUGCACCUACUCCACCUCCUGCUGCUGCACCUCCUCCACCUCCUGCUGCUGCACCUACUCCACCUCCUGCUGCUGCACCUACUCCACCUCCUGCUGCUGCACCUACUCCACCUCCUGCUGCUCCACCUACUUCACCUCUUGCUGCACCUACUCCACCUCCUACUGCUGCACCUCCUCCACCUCCUGCUGCUGCACCUCCUCCACCUCCUGCUGCUGCACCUUUUCUUCCUCCUGUUUCAGUAGUGUCUGA